GCUAGUUUGAUUUUUUAUGAUCGAUGCGAUUCAACACAGACCUUCAGGCUCUUUUACUGGCAAUUGUUUGUGCUCUGCGCUCCAGUGAACAAAUUGAUGCACUGGGUGGGGAUUCCUUCAGCAUGAAAUUGAACGAAUAUCUGGGGGAAAGGGAAGACAAGGUGUUCUUCAUGAAUAUUCUGGAAAGUGUUUGCUGGAGUAAGUCUGCGACCGAGUUCUGUGAGUCGGAGUUGUUCCAAACUAUCUUGAACAACUAUUACGUUGACCAUUUUUCGGAGACAGAUGUUAACACAGCUGCACCGCCGACCUCUUCAAUUAGUCCUAACGAGACAGUGUCAAAUUUGAAUAUGUCAUCGCUGGAUCUGAAUAGAAGUAUGGCUGCGUUAUCUCCCGCCCUAUCUAACUUUGUCCGCAAGCAGAACAGACAGUCGCAUCCACGAUAUAGCAUGGCUGCCACUAGAAUGGACAGUUUGGCUUCUGAAAACGACGAAGAUAGGUCUGCUGUGUUUUCCUCUUCAAUGAACAGGAGCUUUAGCAUCCCAGCUGUGCCUCCCCUCUGCAACCCUCGACUCAGUCAGUCUUCCCCCUACACCAAACUGGCUCAGAAGAACAAGUCCAUAUCUGUCAAGUACGAUCUGCUGUGUCAUGAAGUGGAAGAGUUGAGACAAGACUAUGGGGACACGAAGACGAAGCUGGAACAGACCACACGCGAGAACGUGAAUCUCAAGGCUCAGGUCUCCUCGUUGUGCCGAGAACUUAUGGACUGCAGGGACGAGAAAGUAGCCCUGGAGGAACAAAAUGGCAACUUGGAGAAGAAAAAUUCAGGACUGAGUGAAGCGCUGGAGAAGGCACUUGCGGAAUUGAAAGAACUUAAGAAUGAGCUGGACCAGAUGAAGUCACGAGAGAGGAAACUGAAUGUGCAGAUGGAACAGACGCAACAGGAGAAGUACUCUUUGGAGCGCAAGGUGUCCCAGUUGAGCAAGGAGAAGAGUGAAAUGAGUGAGUUCUUGAAGAGUGAGGCUGAGAGGUGGACUGAACAGGAGCAGCAGCAGGCGAGGAAGAUGAACAAACUGGAGGAGGCAUUGAGUGAAGUGUCCAACUACAAGCGAGAACUGGUCAAACAAGUCCAAUUACUCACAGAUGAGAAGGCUGAGCUAGAAAGUGACAUGCACUUGAAAUUAAGCAGUGAGACGUGUAAGAUGGAAGAGAAAAUACAAGAGAGGGAGAUCGAGAUCGAAAGGCUGAAGACUACUUGUUACCACACAGAACACAGACUCCAUCAGGAAGAGAACAGAGUAUCCGAGUUGUCCAAAGAGAGACAUACGCUUGAAGACCGAGUGAGGGAGAAAGAUGCCGCUAUUAAUACGAUGCAGUCCGAAUGGAAACAGAAGGAAAAGGAGCUUCACAAUCGAGUUGAGGACUUGACGUCAGCUAAGAAAGAGGCACAUGAUCUUUGCUCCGAAUUGAGAAGUCAGCUGCACGAGUUAACAUGCCAAAUGAAGCAAGCGUCUGUUGAUCACGGAAUCAAGAUCAAGGAGGCCCUGCAAACUGCAGACAGUAAGGUAGCUGCGGUGAAACAAGACACUGAACGGACCAUAACGUGUCUCCACAGUCAGUUGGAGGACAAAGAGAACACCAUUCAACUACUG